UCAGCAUGAGCAGGUGGAAUUGCUGGGUCCCUCACCUGUGCCUUUAAGCAGCUCUGGAGCUCUGCCUGGCAUCCUGGAAGAAUCACAAGUCCACCCAUUUGGAAAGGAAGCAGUUAAAGUGGAAAAGUUUGCCAGGAAAUUGAAUAAACUAAAAGCAGUGCUUAGGUCUCCUGAUGACGAGCUCAGUGGAGCCCACAGCUAGAGGCAGUGAACAGAGCUGCAGUGUCUGCAGGCUGCUGCUUCCCUCCCACUCCAUUGACAGCACUGCUAAACAAAAAAGGGUUUGGGCUUGGGACCACAAGCUGGGAGCCAGUGGAGCUGGGUCUGCCAGCAGUACUGCUGGUCCCACUUUUCUAUGUGCCUUUCUGAAUCUCUCUGUCCUCAAGAUGUCUCACCACAUGAACAGCUCCACACUGCCAACCUCGCAUCCUCCUGAGCAUCAGCACCCCACCACCACAGCCUCGGGACACGGCGGCCACGACAUGAUGAUGAUGGCCAUGACUUUCCACUUCAGCUGUGAGAAUGUGCCAUUGCUGUUCUCUGGACUUACAAUCAAUUCUCCUGGAGAAAUGGCUGGUGCUUUUGUAGCUGUCUUCUUCCUGGCCAUGUUUUAUGAAGGCCUGAAGAUUGCCCGGGAGUGUUUGCUCCGGAAAUCCCAAGUCAGCAUCCGCUACAACUCCAUGCCAGUGCCUGGCCCCAAUGGCACCAUCCUGAUGGAGACACACAAAACCGUGGGCCAGCAGAUGCUGAGCUUGCCCCACCUGCUGCAGACUGUGCUGCACAUCAUCCAGGUGGUGGUCAGCUACUUCCUCAUGCUGAUCUUCAUGACCUACAACGGGUACCUGUGCAUCGCCGUGGCCGCGGGAGCGGGCACCGGGUACUUCUUCUUCAGCUGGAAGAAGGCAGUGGUGGUGGACAUCACAGAGCACUGCCAUUAGCACUGGAUGUGCCACAGGCCUCUCCACCCCUCUGCUCCCUGCCAGUGCAGCCACCUGAGGACUGGAGCAUUCCUAAGCUGCCAAGAGAAUCAUGAUAAAGAAAAUCAACUGGAGUUCACUACAGGUUCCUGGAGGGAUGCAGGGAUGUGAGGAGCUGGGACACGCUGCUCCCCUUGACUCCUGAGAGUCAAUGGCAGCCAUUCUUGGCCAGGGUUUGCUUUAUUCUUAGAUUAUGCUGUGAUUGAAAUUAGUUGGCUGACAGAACUGUAGAAAUUAUUUUAAAAGGAAAACAAAACCAUUUUAUUUUUAAAUUGUAAAUGCUCAUCAGUGAGGGUUUAAUGAACAGUAGGAAAAGAUCAGUUGCCAAUAAUGUGUGAAUGGCUGUUUUCAUUUUGAUUUUUUUUUUCAAUGUGUACAUAAUGCCAGGGGAGGAGAUUGCCCUGGCAUUGUGGCUUUUGGGGCCAAUGACACCUUUUGCUGUAGGACUCAGCCUCAGAGGAAGAUUUGGUGCUGCACAUCAGACACGCUCAUGUGUGUCCUGGCAAGGGAGGACUUUGACCCAAGGAUGUGAACUGUGUGCUUCAGGGGUUGGAUGAACCUGCCCUCCAAGCCCCCCAGAGAUGAUGAGUGUUGUUAAUCUGAUGUAUCCAGCAGCUUCACUCAGCCUCCAGGGAGAACACUUGAGUUGGGCUGCUUUCCCUUCCCAAUUAUGGAGUAGAUAAUAGUUCUGUAUUUACAGGGCAAAAAGAUUCCCAAUAAACCAUUGAACCCACAGGUACUUCAUGUGGAGCUGCACCUGGAUGGAAUAGAGCUAAGCUUUGGGUUACUAGAACUGGUUCUGUAAAUGAGGCAAGAGCUAAAUAAUGAUUUCAUGACACUAAAGUUAAAAUGGCUGGAGGGUAUUCCUGGCUGGAGGUGAAGAGGGGAAACAAGAACAUUCCUGUAAAGGAGAGAUUUGGGGAAGAGAAGAGGGAAAAUGCAGGACUACAGCAGCCUUCAGUUUUCUCAGGUGAAAUUUGGAGCAGCGUGGGAUAAUCAAAAAGUAUUCCUGACCCAAAUGACUACUCUUUGUCUUGAUAAUCACAGUGUGCCCAUGCUGGAGCUGCAGGUUCUCAGUGCAGUGGGGGACAGUGAAGAGCUCAGUCAGUGCUGUGGGCUCUGCCCAGUGCCCAGGUAGGACAGGCUGUGAAGGGACAGAACCACCCUCCUGCCUGGCUGGUGCCAGGCCAGGCUUGGGGAGCUGCCCUGGUUUAGCACCUGGAUGUUAAAAAGGUUUUGCCAAGCUGGAGGUGGGGGUGCAAAGCUGGAGUCUUCCCUCUACCCAGAUUGCCCAGUUUGUGCCUGUAACUGGCUAGAAGGGAAGACAGUGGGAAUUUGGGAAAGGCACUGAGAACUGGUACCACUUUCAGACUGGGACUGGUGUCUGGGACAUGCCAUGAGAACAGGGAAUCCUGCUGGGAAAAAGCCUCUGGGCACACACAGGAAGGGUUUUUUUUUUUCCCUGAAGAUGCUGCUGGUGACUUCUGGCAGCAGCUGUGUGAGGAAAGCUGAUCUCUGGAAUGAGAUUUUUUAGCCCCUGAGCCUUAGAGGGUGAGGCCAUCCCUGUGUCCCUGGGUGCUCCACGGUGCUGGUGCUGCUGUCCCUGCACAGAGCCCACCCUCCCACCCUUUGUAAGGAAAUCCAUAACUGCUGCUACCAGGGCUUGAAUUGCGCCUCAUGAAAGCCCUCCUGGGCUGAUGCCAAGUGUUUAUUUGGACAUCUUGUUUUCUCUGGACAGUGCAACUAGAGAAUAAAAGGAACUGAGUUAAAAGCAGGCUUAAGUUCCUACGUAGCUGCUUUCUGUAGCAAAUUUGCAUCUGGGUGAGAGAGGCAAAGUUAUUUUCAUGGAAAAGUUCUAGCCACCUCCUGCUGAGGGACAGGAAAAGUGCUUCCUUCCCCAGUCUGAUCUUUGAAGGGAGUUCUGUCUGUGACAGAACCUCCUGGUGCCCUCUCUGCACCUGUCACAAAGGUGAAACUCGGCUGUACCCUCCAGGCUAUCAUGGAGGGGAAACCUCACCCUCCCCAUCCCUGGAGAGCUGGGAGGAAUGUUAGUGUUGGACAGAGAAAAUGAACAAUCCCUUCCCACUCCUGCUGGAACUGAGAGGAAAUCUGAGUGUUUGUCAGAGAGAACUGGAGCUGUUAAAAGCUGGAGGUGGUGGUUGAUGUGGGGGGUUUGCACUGCAGGGCUUAGCCCCUGAAGGAGUUCAGGGUGACACUGUCACUGCUGCCAUUGUUUUUUCUGGAAGGGGCUGUAAUUGUUGCCAUCACAAUCACAGGCUGGAGUGAGGAGUGGCUGUGUGAUGGCACUGGUCACCUCAUAUACCUCUUGCUGUGUCUUUCUUUGGAACAGAAGCUGCUUGGCCUGAUCUUGCUGUCACCUUUUAGCCACUUUUCUGUGUAUCCAAGUGGCCAGACUCGAAUUGUCUGAGGGAUGACUUGGAGAUCAGGCUGUGGCUCAUCAGUGUCAGUCUGGUUCUUGUUUAGCUUUUCUGCCUCGUUCUGCUUGUUCCACCUGUGCCCCUGGAAUUGUUUCCCUCAGAAUGAGCUUCUCUUCUGCCCAUGCUGUCCCCAGAGAGGGCACAGAGCUUUCUGCAGCAUGCACAGGGAGGGGACACUGCCCUGGCAGGGCUCCUGGGCUCUCAGGUGCCCCAGCUGCUCCCAGGCCUGCAGGAGGGGAGGUUUGGGCACCCUGGGCUGCCCAGGGAAGGUGAGAGGGGAGGUGGCUGAGGAGAGCAGGGCAGGCUGUGUGCCCUCUGCUCUGAGCUCUUGGGGCACAGCUGGGGAAGGGCCGUGUCCAGGCUGCUCCUCCUGCCGUGGCUGUGCUUUCCCCAGUUCAAUGUGACAAUCCAGAGCAGCCAUCGACCUCCCCUGUCCCAGCCUCCCCCCUGCCACCAGAUGCCAGCACGGUGUGUCCUCAGCCAGGUUACUGUGUGCUGUGCCUGAGCCUGAGCAAAGCCUGAGCUCCCUCUGGGAGGGAUCGGCAGCUCUGGGGCAGCCCCAGCCCCUCUGCUGAGUUGAGUUGUCCUGGUAACACGGGGAGGGCCGGGCUGGAAGGGUGACCCACGUGCAGCACGCUCGGCUGUGCUGUCCUGCUCGGGGGUGCCACCCUAUGCCUGUCUCUGUGCCCUGCUCACGCUGUGCCUCCGGAAUAUCACCGAGGAGGAAGCUCAGAGCAUCCGGGCCCUGUCCCUCAGAGGGCUUUUGUUGCUUUUCUUUGAGUGCCUUUGGAGUUUGUCUGGAGCCAGUCCCACCCAAUCCAGCAGGAUUUCUAGUUUUGUUUACAGUGGACUGUCAGUUUUGUUUUUACUCUUGCUCUUUGUGGCGGUAACUUGUCUGAUGUUACUGUGAAUAUCAAGAAUCUCCUGUACAUAAUUAACCAAUAAAAUAGAUUGCAUUUUA